CACUGAAUUUCUGCGAUGUACGUAGAUUGAAUUUGUGUGAUGGGAGAGCCUAAGCUACCCUGUUGGGUUGCCGUGCCUUGUGGUGAAAUCAUGUUCAGCUCUGUCUUCAAAGCUGAUCGCCUUCGGGUCAACUUGCAACUGGUUGUCAAUCGCCUAAAACUCCUGGAAAGAAAGAAAACCGAGCAGGCCCAGAAAGCAAGGAAAGAGAUUGCUGACUAUCUGGCUGCUGGGAAAGAUGAACGAGCUCGGAUCCGAGUGGAGCACAUUAUACGGGAAGACUACCUUGUGGAGGCCAUGGAGAUCCUGGAGCUGUAUUGUGACCUGCUGCUGGCCCGGUUUAGCUUGAUCCAGGCCACAAAGGAACUGGAUUCUGGUCUGGCUGAAUCUGUGUCUACACUAAUCUGGGCAGCUCCUCGACUCCAAUCAGAGGUGCCUGAGCUGAAAAUAGUAUCUAAUCAGCUGUGUGCAAAGUACAGCCAAGAGUAUGGUCAACUGUGUCGAACCACUGAGAUUGGAACUGUCAGCUCUCGGCUAAUGUGUAAAUUAAAUGUGAACAGUCUACCCCAGGAUUUAGUGGAACAGUAUCUGAUAGAAAUUGCUAAGAACUAUAAUGUGCCAUAUAAAUCCAAGGCAACCACUAUGGCUGGAGCCCCGGCAGACCUGGUUAGUGUUGGAUUUACCGAGGAGGUCAAGAAAGGUGCCCCUGACAGCGGAGGGGGAACUGUAGCAGGACCUGGUGAUCCAGUUUGGGCAUCGCCAACAUCUGCACCGGAGCCUUUACCUGUGCCGUCCCCAGUCCCUUGUUUCUCAUCCCUUCCUCCUGAAAGACAGAAUGAUUCCUUUAAGAAUGAUUUGCAUCCUGUUCUGGUUCCUGGUCCGAGAUUCAACCCUCAAACUUCUCCAAAGCCAGCAUCAAGAGCCAAGAUUGGUUUUGAUAACUUUAUGCAGCCUGAUGUGCCUGAUGUAAAACCUCAAGCAAGUCUUUCCAUUGACCCUUAUGAUUCUGAGGAAAUUGAUUUUGAAGAUCUUGACCGGAGACUUGAAAUGCUGAAGAAAACCACAUAAUUUCCUAAAUCCUGGAUUGAGUACUUGCCUGGGAAUUAGGACCCGUGGGCACUAAUUUUAAUAUGGCCACCGAGGUGUGGGUCUGAAGUUUUCUCAUUUACAAUUUCUUCCAUUCCUUAAAUUCUAUAGUUCUAUGUCUGUAAUAACGUGUGUCUAUAUCUCUGUGUGCAUAUACAUAUAAUCAUAUAAUUAUUCCUGUUCCUUAAAAUUCUAAAAGUCUAUGGAAUUCUAAGAUUCUAUAAUUCUGUUCCUUAAAAUUCUGUAAUUCUUAGAUGAAGAUUCCUGACCUACAGAAUUUUAUUAAUUAUAGCUAAUAAACUUUUAUUUUCUCUGA